UCCGGAGGACUUCCGGCACACCAGAAGCUUCGGUGCAGCGGCGAGCGGAGCGCUGACCAUGGACCGUUACGGGCCGCCGGUGGCCGGGGUGGGCUCGGUUCCCGUGCCCGAUUUCAGGCAAAAUGAGGGUUCAUUAACAUCAACUUUACGAACACUUCUGUUCUUCACAGCUCUAAUGAUUACAUUACCUGUUGGGCUAUAUUUUUCAUCAAAGGCUUAUAUAUUUGAAGGUACCUUAGGAAUGUCGGACAGGGACAGCUAUUUUUAUGCUGCCAUAGUUGCUGUCAUUGCUGUUCAUGUGGUACUUGCUCUCUUUGUAUACGUAGCAUGGAAUGAGGGCUCUCGACAGUGGCGGGAAGGCAAACAGGACUAGGAUGAAGAUCAUUGUCAUCUGAUGCCUACAGACUGUAAAUCAGAUUUUUGUGAGCUGAGAAAAAACAUUCUUGUUGUUGAGAAAACAUUCUUGUUGUUGAGAAAACAUUCUGUUCUUUAGCCAGCAUCUGCUACGUGGAGCUGAGGUCUUCACCUGGAAUUCAAAUGAAAUCAUUAUUUAUUAAAAAAACCAAUCAUGUAGCUAUCUUUGUCAUUCGUAGUACUUUUCUGGCUUGCUUUGAAAAUAAUGUUGUCACGAAGCAAGCAUUUCUGGGUUUAGAAGUAAUUGCAGGAAUAGAAUGGGUUGGAAACUCAGGUGAUGUCUUUCUAACAUGAAAUACAAAGGGUUUUCUAGUUUUGUUUUUGUUUUUUUAUGAUUAUUUUCAGAUGUAACUUUUUAUUAAAGUGUAAAAUUCAGUCUUUCAUUUUAGGAGGACUGUUGUAUUGCUUCUUUGCUUAUUUUUCCAGUCUUCUACAGUUAAUAUUGAUAAGGGAAAGUAAAUGACAUAGCGUGUUUCUUUUUGUGUCUGCAUUUAUGUGUUCUUGAUAAUUGCUAAAUAUUGUAGUUGGAUAUCCUGGGGUGAAGUGGUAUCAGUAAUGGCUAUAAGCCAAUCUCCUGGAUAGUAGAGGAAUGAGCCAAGAGAAAACAAGCUGUAGCCACCUGUAGACUUUGUCCUUUAAGAAGCAGAACACAAGAGUGAUCAUAUGGAAAAUUUGCUUCUGUUCAUAAAUAUGAACUUGUGCACUGUGACAUGAUACAAUAUGUUGAUUGGUUUCUUUUUUUCCUUAGUUGUGUGUAGAAACCCUCUGUAGCCAAACCAUAAUGAGAUUUUUGUGUUGCAGGAUAACCUGAACUUCAUUCCACUGCUGUGCUGUUGUUGGCAAGCUUUUAGUGUGUAGAUAAAACAUUUCUCCUAAAGUUCCAGCAAUGCAUAGAACUUUCCUAACACUGACAAGUGCUGUUAGGCCGCUGUGCUUGAGGUGAUUCUGUUAGCUGGAGUCUUCUGGUUUGUUGUUUUAGUUGAACCAUGUUUGGAGGUCUUCUGCUCAGUAUCAGCUGGGAAUAGUUUUGGUGCUACAUUUGUCCAUAGUAAAAUUUUUCUUCAAGC